AUGAAAUCAUCGGUAUUUGCUAGUAGUACUCCUCAGUCACGUAAGUCAAACGUGUCAGUAAACAUGUCAAAGGAGAAUGGAUCAACAUCUACAUCAUCUAAACGACCCAAUAAUGUUUCCUGGAAUUUGGAAGAAAUGAUGUCAACAUAUAUGUCCUCAGGGGCUCUUCCUCCAUUGUUAUCCCCAACUAUUCCUGAUGCACCAUUUUUUAAUUUGAAAGAUGAAGAGGAUGAGGAGAUUGUGAAAGAAGAAAAGCCAAAAGAACGACCAGUACCCAAACAGGAAGCACAAUUGAAAGCACCCAGACCAAGUUAUCCAAAAAUAAAGAAACGUCUACAGAAUGAUAUUGAUAGUGCUGAAUCAAGCUCGGAUGAUGAAAGUGUGAUCCGGCAACUUAAAUCGCGAAAGUUAUCGCCCACUUUACCCCCAAUGUUUGAGAAUACCCCUACUCCGAUAAACAAUGGUCAGCCUGAUGAAUCUUCCAUUCUGACCCCAGCAAAUUCGUCAUUUACAAAUAAGCCAACGAAAGUGGGUACAUUCAAGUGGAUAAAUAAAUUGAAUGAUCCUGCAAAACCAAAAUUCCUACUACGGUUUACUGUCAACAAUAAAUUGAAGUACAAGAAAUUCUUUGUCAAGCCAGCUAGUCCACUGAAGUUAAGUGGGUUUAAGAUCCACUCCACAAAUGGGCAACUGCCCGCACCACCAAAAGUGAUUAUUAAUGAUACUGAGAAACAAGAGUUUUUGAAGGAGAAAGAGAGACUUGAAAAGGAAAUUACAAAAUUGAAAGACAAACAGGAACAGUUCACUCGCGAACAAGAGGCAAAAGAAAGAAAACUACUGGAGCAAGAACAGUCCUUGAAGCAAUUGGAAAAGCUGUUGCUUAAAAAGGAAAAAGAACUACAAGAUUCGGAAUUCAAGUUGAAACAAUCUCCGCCUUCUGAAUCUGACCAGAAACUUAGAAACCAAUUACAGAGACUCACCCAGGAUAUUAUGAAAAAGGGCCAAAAUGAGGACGAUACAAAAAGACUACAUAUCAAUAAUUUCAAGAACCAGGCAUCAUUGGAUUUGUCAAGAGGACAACGAGAUGAGAUCAAGGAACAACUCCUGGAUAAGAAGAAUCACUGGUUCCAAUUAUCCAAAUCGGCACAAGGAAAGGCUGACGAUUGUCGCAAGAAGGACGAGUUGUUGUCUAUUGUAAUUCAAGUGGAUGCAUUUUUGUUGCGGAUGGUGUCGAAUGAUUAUGACGAAAGGAGCAAAAUUGUGUCAGGUGUUUUACCUAGUGAGAGGUCUUGGAAAAUUUUGGAUCGAGACAUCAGUGAAUUUAUUGAGCGAAUCGAAGACUUGCUAAAACACAACAUCAAGGACAAGAUUUUUGCUGAUUUCUGCAAGAUUUUGAACUGCAUUUUAUUUCAAACCCGAGCCUUGAUCUUAAAACGAAUCAACGAAAUCUUGUUGAGUGUGAUCCAGCUGUAUAUCGACAAGAAGAACUCUGAUUUGAAUGGAAAGAUCAUUGAGUUGCAGCAAUUGUCACUCAACAAUAACAACACCAUCAUAGAGCAUUUCAUGAAUUCCAACCCGGCAUAUUUAAAUGCAGUCAUUCCCGUACGAUUCCCCAUCACAUGGUUCAACAAGUGUUUGGACUUGGAUAUACCCCAGAAGGCAUACAACCUCGCUGACUUUAAGAGGUCAGUCAAGCCAAGUUUGCAGCUAUACUACUUACCGUUUGGGAAUUAUACGAACUUGAAUGAGUUGACAGCAUUUUUGUUCAGUAUCAUGAAGGAGUUUAUUGACAUCUACAACAAGUUCAACAGUGCGAGUGCGAUUAUGUACCCGCUUCAGAGUGGUCAGCAGUAA